AUCACAUCGCUCUCGGAAUACCUGCUCAGCUCUGAAAACUAGAGUUCGUGUGAAAAGGCGCAUUCUCCGCUACCACCACCACCAUACAAAUAAUAUCCUCUCUCUCUGUGUCUUCUCCUGCUCGUGUGUUCAGUUAGUUGCUGAGUUCUCGUCUUGUCUGUAUGCUGUGCCUGCUGCGAGUGUGAGUGAGUGCAACAUUACAGACGAGUCCCUCUCAACCAACCACUCCGUUCACUUUGCUGCUGCGAAGAAAGGAAAGAUGGAGGACAGCCAGCACGGGAUCAUUGGCAACCACGGCCACCAGAUCUGCGAGGAACCUCAGCCCAAAAAGCGCUGCAUCCGAUUCGCCUCUGACCUCAGCGCUGAGGACCCCAGUGACUCGGGUUUUGGUGACCUGCCCUCCAUUUCGAAUUCGUCGUCUCUGGGGAGUGGUGGGGAAAAUGGCGACUUGGAAGUGUCCUCCUUCUUCGAGUUGGCCAGCUCGGAAUUAAGCAAACUAUCCCCUACUGCUCUCCAGGAAGAAGAUGAUGAGAAUGUUUGUAAACAACCGGAAGAGUCCCAAAGACAUUUGAGCAGCAAUAGUGAACCGUGUUGCAGAGGUAGCAGCUCAUCCAGUAGCAGGUCGUCGUCAGCCAAUGAUAACCAUGACCAAGAUGAUGAAGAAGAAGAUGAUGACACAUCUCAACCCAUUGACGACAAUUUUAUCGACCUAGUGCUGAAUACGAAGGAAAUCUCUGGAAAUUCUUCAAGAGCUGCUAUGAUGCAACGAUUCCUUUCCCAUUUGAGGAGCAACCCCAAUGAUGCACAACUCCAACAUUUCCUAGCCCUUUUACUCUCAGGCCCAGAAUUCGCUCCUCCGCGACAUAGACUGCGACAUGUAACGUCGAUCCAGGAUGCAGCACGUCUAUUGAAAUGUUCCAAGAAAAUUUUGGUGUUGACUGGAGCCGGAAUAUCUGUGUCAUGCGGAAUUCCAGACUUCCGGUCAAAGGACGGCUUGUAUUCUCGUGUAGCUAAAGUAUUCCCAGACCUAAGGGACCCACAAAGCGUCUUUGAUAUUCGACUAUUUAGAAAGGAUCCGAGACCAUUUUUCCUCACUGCUAAAGAACUUUAUCCUGGCCAGUUUCAACCCUCACUCUCUCACAAAUUCAUUAGCAAGCUGGAAUCACGUGGUCAACUACUACGCAAUUAUUCACAGAAUAUUGACACACUAGAAACAAUUGCUGGAAUUCAGAAUGUCACCAUGUGUCAUGGCUCUUUUGCUACUGCAACAUGUCUUCGAUGUCAACACAAAGUUUCUGCGGAUGAAAUCAAAGAAAAAGUUUUAUCUGGCGAAAUCCCAUAUUGCAAAGUUUGUUCCACUGAAGAGGAGACGAGUCAAAUUAAAUAUCCAUUGGGACAACCACCUAUUGUAGUAUCCCCUGUAACACCCAAUAGCGAUUCAGAGGAAACUCGAGCUGGACCUCAACAGGAAGACGAUGAUGAAGAGAUGUAUCCAACUGGAGAAAAUUUUCCAUUGCCUCCAGUUGUCAAACCUGACAUUGUAUUCUUUGGCGAGGAUCUUCCAGACGAGUUUCAUAACAAUUUACAACUGGACAAGCCAAACUGUGACCUGUUGCUUGUUAUUGGAUCAUCCUUGAGGGUUCGACCAGUCUCUUUGAUUCCUGGAAUGGUCCCACCUGAAGUACCACAGAUUUUAAUUAACCGUGAAUCCCUUCCACAUUGUCGCUUUGAUGUCGAGUUACUAGGAAAUUGUGACCACAUCCUAGCCCAAUUGAGCAAAAUGAUUGGAUCAGAUUUCACGGAACUGACUGAUGGACCAGAACUCAGGGAAAUUGACAAGUUGCCAAAGGGAGCUAAUUUGACUGAUGGUGACAUAAAGGACCCAACAUCAGAGCACGACAUGCAUUCAUUUUUGAAAGCAUGCUGGGAACCAAAGACCAACGAAAAGUUGGUCGACCGAUUGCCAUCCGAUACAUACUUGAGCUGGAGGCAACGACAGUAUAUUUUCGAAGGUGCUGAGGAAAUCUAUGAUCCAGAUGACGAUGAGGACGGCGACACCUCAUCAUCGUCAUCCGAUAGCUCCUCGAAUUGUUCUUCAGCAGUGGAUGAAGUUAUCACCCGGGACAAGGAAGUUGAUGAUGAGCUCCAACAAAUAUCAACAAAUAAUUCCAAACAAACUCCAAUGAUUUCGUCAGUUCCAUCCACCCUUAUCAAUAAUGAACUUAAAGCCGAUGGGGACAAAUCAAACUAGAACUAAUAGUCAUGCAUUAUUUAUUUAAUUUAAUAAUGCACUUCACGUUCACCAUACUACUACUACUACUACAGGCUACUACCACUAAAUAUACAAUUAGUGCUACCGAUAAAGAAUCUAGUACUUGAAUCAAACCUAUUCGCUACGUAACGUAUUAAAGUUUUAUUACUAUUAUUUGUUGUACAGUAUAGAGAAUCAAGCGUAGAUAUAGUGGUAGUAAACCAAGCUUUUUAAAAUUCAAUGAAAAUUUAAUUCAUACAAAUUGUACAAGUAUCGAAACAGUUUAGAUCAUACAACAACUUUUAAUAAUUUAACUACACCAUUUUAAUACUAUAUCACUAUGUGUAUUUAUGUAGUGUAAUAACAACGCUGCGCGAAUAGGUUGAUUUUAUUGGAGGAUACCGGUUGUCGGUGGUUAAUAUUGUACAUUGGGUAGACAUAAAUAUUCCUGUGUAUAUAUAUAGAAAUGAUUCGAAAUCGUUUUUAACAAACAAUCAAAUUAAUUAAAGAUGAACUGUAUUGUUUUUAGAAUUCAAAUGGAAUUCAAUGAAAUUGUGAUAUAACUUUGAGUUUGUUUGUUCGCACAAACGUUGGCUUUGUUACAAAUGGUGGUAAUUUGUGUAAUUCGCAGGCAUUAUUAAUAGCAUAUUAUAGAGAUAGACGAUGACAUUCGCACAUAUUCUUAUCCCAUAAAUUAUUUAGUAGCCAAUAUGCCAAGCCCGAACAAUUAAUUUCAUUUCACAAUUGUCCAAGAUUAAUUUCUCAUAUAAGGCGAUGAUGUAAAUGGGGGUGUGCGAUUGAGUUUAGCUGAUUGUUGUCUGUCUGUCUAUGUACGUGCGAUUAAUGUUCAAUGAAUUUCUAUCAAUUAUUGUAAACCAAAUUGAUGUGAUUAAUUACUUACUCCUCUAAAGUAAUAUUAGUCUGCAGUUUAAUCAACUCAAUUGAAGUAUUUCCGUUAGUUGUAUCAAGUCGUUUUUAGGGUUGUUCUCUGUUUUUAUGUAGAAUAUCUACACUAACUACAGCACUAUUAUGUACGCUCCGUUUCUUUUGAAAAAUUACAAACACUUUUCUCGUCAUUAUUGUAAAAUGUGUAGACUAUGGUAAAUACGAGACCGACUUUGGUCACCUCUUGUAUUUCGAGUAUGUAUACUCAUGUGAGUAAUUAUUUAUGUGUGUAGUUAGUGAUUAUAACGGAACUCAACUGAAAAUUGAUUAGCAAAGCAACCCCACGACGAUGAGUAUCUUAGAUUAUGUAAAUGCUAAUAUUCUCUAAAAAAACAUAGACUAUAGACAAGAGGCACGUUUGCCGUGUAGUAGGUGUUGUUUUCUAAUUCCAUUUGUUUUGUUUUUUGUAUUGUUCAAUUUAGCGAAAAUUAUUGUUUUGAAAAAACAAAAUGAAUUAUUACUGACUGAAAAAGCUAUAGACGAUUGGCUACCACGCAAAAAAUGACAAAAGAAGCAAACCGAUUCAAUGAAAUAAAAAAGUAAUGACACAAAUAAAUAUGUUGAAGGAAUCGAUUCAAAAC